UGAGAUGUUUUUAUGCUCGUGUAGCACAAAAUUAUCUUUUUUUAUUACAUACCACUAACAAGGCCAAAUAAACAACUACAUCGUACAAAAAAUCCAAAUGAUGUGUUUCAGUCUUAACGAACACGCGAUAUAGAUUGGUUUUGUAGGAAUGUACGACAUGCCGAAUGUGGUAGUGUUUGCAUUUCUACUCUCGUUGUUAGUGACAAGUUGUCAUGGAAAAAAUUUUAAAAUAUGUUAUGGACCUCGUUUAAAUGGACCAUGUUCGCAAUUAGUCGUUCCAACUAAAUGCCAAUCGUUACGCAAUGAGUUCUAUGAUAUAAAAAAUGGAAGCCUUUACAACAUCGCUACUAACAUAGGAUCCGUUAACACAUAUGGUAAUUGCAUCCGAAUUUUUAAAUACGAGCACUGUCGAGGCAGCAGUUUAGCUCUUCAUAAUGGUUUAGAAUCCUUAGAUAAUCUGAGACAAAUAGGUUUUGACAAAGCUGAAUCGAUAAGCCCAUGUUUUGAGGAAGAAUGUGUACAAGAAAAGCAAUUUGUUCGAAUUCAACCCGUUUAUCUACCACCAUCCAUACAAGUUUGUCGAAGUCGUGAGUUUAAAAAGCCAUGCGUUGAUCUACUUCUAUCAGCUAAAUGUUUAAAUCUGAGUCUACCAGGCAAAGACGACGAAAAAUUAGUUUCUUCAAUAUUUAAUAAGCAGCACGAAAAAUUAGAUAACACAAUUAAGUCGAUAAACACUAGGAAUAAAUGCAUUAGAAUAUACAGUAGCAAUAACUGUACGGGUAACAGCAUGCAGUUGUAUCCUGGAUCCCCUUCACAUAACGAUCUUACAGCUCUCAAUUGGAAUGCUACUGUUUCUUCAAUAAGUCCAUGUUCAAUAUCGUGCAUAGAAUGGCCAUGCGAUAACUUUCGGCCGCUAAUACCCAAACGGUUGUGGCUCGGUCCCCAUAUUACUGUGUGUGAUAAAAAUAACUUUACAGGAGCAUGUGCUAAUAUUCCAUUGCUAUCUUCAUGUAAAAAUCUGAAAUCUGAAUGGUACGACAAUGGUCAGCGGAUAUACUCUGUGCGAACUUCUAUCGCCUCUAUAAAAACAUAUAAUCGUUGCAUUAUGGUCUAUGAAGAUGAUGAUUGUUUGGGUCAAUGGACGAUGAUUGAUUCAACAUCAAAGUCUCAUAACAAUCUAGAUAUAAUAGGAUGGGCUAACAGAAUAUCAUCAAUAGGAUCAUGCACAUCACGUCGAUAUAAACGAUAUGUAAAUAAGUCUACGAAAAUUGGUCUUAAUGACAAAGGGCUUUGCGGAUUUUUUGAUAUUUUUCACAUCGGUCCAAUACCUGGACGUCCUAUUGAAGUAGUUAAUGAAUUUAACAAUCCCAUCGUUAACUACCAAAGAGGUCAUGGUGGCAGGGUGGAAUAUGUAGUUGCUCUAAUUCAUCGUCGACAUUUACAUGCUGGCAGCAACGUGGACAAUCAUAUAGAGUACUUUGCUAGGAGUUUAGGUGAACCCGAUAAUGAUCAAGCUAGUCACUUAGUUGGAUGGCAGCUUGGUGGUCCCGGUAGUCAGCGGUACAAUAUUAUUCCUCAGAACGCUCAUUUCGGUCAAAGUCCUUGGACCACUAAAGUAGAAAAGCUAGUACAUUCAACCGUUCGUAAUAGCAGCCAAGGACUUGUACGAUAUGAAUUAAACCCAAUUUAUGCUGAUAGUCGUGCGACCCGACCUCACUCUAUUGCAUACCGAGUAGCAGACGGUGAUCAUUUAAUUCAACAAGGCCAAAUUCCCAACCCUAAUAUCAGUGAAUUACUAAGCAUUUACUAUCCAAAACUAGAAGAAGAAUAUGAUGACAAUUUCGUGAUGAAUACUAUAAAUGAUAACGAUUUAAACGAAAAUGACUCAAUAUCAGAUAAUACAGAUUCUCCAAACAUCAUUUACUGAUUAACUAUGUAAUUAAUUAAACUAUGGUUUACCAAUACUGAAUGAGUGAUAAGAAACUUUGCGCGUACGUUUCACUCUACUAUUUUAUAAGUAUAGGUGCAACUAGGUGACGGUUUAACCUCCCCAUUUUUUUUUAAUUAUAUGUAAUGUUAAUUGAAAUAUUUUCAGGGUGGGGAAAAAAUGUAUAUUAACACCCCCAAACAUCUAGUGGCAUCUAUGCUUAUAACUUAUAAAAUAGCAAAUGCUUAAGUUAAACAUUUGCAUAGCUGUCAUAUCGUUUAGUAAUAUUUUGUAAUGGUGCAACUACCAGCCCUAUCUAAUUUUUCGUAAUUUAUGACUAUCAUUGUAUUUUAUAUUAAUUCAACAUGAAUAAUAAAAAAUAAUGUAAUGCUAAAUAACAUAAUUUUAUUUACAAAUAGAGGAUCUAACAAAAUGAAUAUCGAGUGUUUUUAGUGCUAUGUUUUCACAACUGUAUAUCCUAGAAUAAUUUUAUUUUUUCAUACAUAAGUUCCUCGUGAUGUCUAUAUUUGUUCUAUAUAGUAUUUUUGAAAAUACUCAAAGAAUUUUCAGUCAAUAUAAUAUUUUUCCUUAUACGCAAUGAAUUGUAUGAAGAGUGAUAGUUAAAAAGCUGAAUUGUUGCUAAUUUUUAUUUUUCCAUGAUAUCAGUAGUGAUAUAUUAACAAUAUUUUUGUUUAUUAAACAUACCGCUACUAUAAAUAUUUUUGCACAUAACGAUAGAGGAAAAAAAUUAAUUUUGUAUCUUGGUAAAUGCAAAAAAACAAUGAUACGUGAUAACUUUAUGACAAUCUAAGCAUCAAAUAAAAUUAGAUUCUGUUUAUUAAGGGGUAAUCUUUAUAACAACCAAAAUAAAUGGUUACAGAUUUACAAUACUGAAAACCCCGAUAUUCAUUAUUUUACACUGUGUAUAUUGUUUAUCAAAAAAGUGUGAUACACUAUUGACACUAUUUAUGUUAGCUAUUAUUCAUGUUGAUGAAAUUUUAUGUUCUAAUUAAUUUACAUAUUAAAUAAUAAAAUACACACAAGUAUUAUUCCAAACUUAUGUUUCCUGUAAUCAUUUUUUGUUUAUGUCAAGACAAUUAAAAAUAAUUACAAGCUAUAACCUAUUUCAAAUUACUAGUUCUGAUGAACAUAUAAGUUUUAUAUAUACUUAAUUAAUUAUUUUCAUUAAAUAAGUUCUUCUGUUCUCUUUUGUUGUGUUAACUAAAAAAAAACUGGAACGAAUAUAAUUAUAUUAUGUAAUAACAAGUUAUUAUAAUAAUAGGUAUUCAAUAAAUAUAAUAUGAUAUUUUUUCUUUUAUUACUACAUUUAUUACCAUACUUCACUUUUAUUAUAAUACUUAAAACUAUAAUUAAAUGGUAAAAAGAAAUUCAUAAAUUUAAAUUUGUUUUAUAUAGUUAUCUUUUUGACUUUGUGAUGUCAUUUUAUAAAAAUUAAAUGUUACUCAUAUUUUAUUGUGAUAAUUUGAUAAUCAUUCACUUUAUUUGCAUAUUUUUAUCAUUUAUUACCUAAUGAUGUUAUUUCUUCAAAACAAAAAAUACGAUAACUAAGAGAACUUUAAGUGAGUGCAAUAGAGCACGACAAAAUUAUAUUUUUUAAAGAAAUUACUGACACGGAAUUUAAAUAAAAGUUAAACACUUAAUUUUAUAUUAUUAAUACUAUUAUUUUUAUAGUUGAAUAAUCAUUAAAAUAAAGCGAUAAGUAUUUCA